CCCAAACCUCACUGCAAGGCAGUGGGGAGCAGCAGCGUGGAGGGCGCGGGUACCCCCCCAGGGCGCCCCGCUUCCCCGGGGGCGCGUCCCUGGGGUGGGGAUGGGGGGGGGCGGUGGGAUCCUCCCGCCCCGGGGCGGGGUAGCCGCGGCCCAAUGGGCGGUGGCGGCGCUGGAAGCUUCCAGGCCCCGACGAGGGCGGAGCGGCGGCGGCGAGGAGAAGCGGGCGCGGCGAUGGAGGCGGCGCUCCAAUGGGUAUCUGUAGAGGAACACCAACAGUGUCCUUGUGCUGUACAAAAAUCUCUGGAGUUGACUGUUUCACAUGGAGCAGACUUGGAGAGCACACGUGGAAGCUCUUAGAACGUACAGUGUUGGGAGUCCGCUCGGGUUUCCCGAGGAGCCUUACCUUAAAGGCAGAGCAGCAAAGCAUUUGUUCCUCCGUGGCCAGCUGGUGGUAGGGCUUAUGGUUGCUUCCUGGGGUUGGGAUGCGCCUCGCUGGGAGGCUGGAAACUCUUUGCCCAGAGCCGUUGUAGCGUCAUCUGCCUUUGCAGACUUGGACUGACAGCAUCAACCAAGUCAAUAAGAUGGCCCUGCUCACCUGGAUGAAGGAAACUGGCAUCGACCUAGUGCAGGUCAACGGGCAGAGGCGAUAUGGCGGCCCACCACCAGGCUGGGUGGGUGACCCCCCACCAACGGGAUCGGAGGUAUUCAUUGGGAAGUUGCCACAGGACAUGUACGAGAACACGCUGAUCCCCCUCUUCCAGAGUGUGGGGAAGCUCUAUGAGUUUCGUCUCAUGAUGACAUUCAGUGGGCUCAACCGGGGCUUUGCCUAUGCCAAGUACAGCAACCGGCGCAGUGCCAAGGUGGCAAUCACCACCCUCAACAACUUUGAGGUGCAGGAAGGCUGCGCCAUCCUGGUGUGCAAGAGCACGGAGAAGUGUGAGCUGAGCAUGGAUGGCCUGGCCACCUCGCUGAGCCGGAAGCACCUGGAGGCCAUGCUGCAGGAGGCUGCUGAGGGCAUUCUCAGCAUCACGCUGUAUCCCAGCCCUUACUGGAAGCAGGCCCACCUUGCUGUGCUGAAGUACAACUCACACCGGGCUGCUGCCAUGGCCAAGAAAAGCCUGAUGGAAGGGAAUAUGAGGAUCUAUGAGGAGGAAAUGAGGGUGGACUGGCUGAAACCUGACCUGAAACAGAAGCUACGAUCCAGUGAGGAAAAGCCAUUGGCCAUCUGGGUGCCACGUGUCAAGUCUCCAGGGAGCUUCAGGCAGGCACAGGUGCCCCUGUCUCCAGUGUUGUGCAAUGUGCUGGACCGUCUGGAUGCCCUGUGCCGAAGGAGACACCUGGGGACCCCCUUGUUCUUUACAAAAUGUGUCCAGGAAAACCCUGAUGGGUGGCUGCGGUUCUGGUGUCAAGUGGUGAUCCCGGCGUACCCAAUGCCCUUCAGUGGGUUCACAUGGGUCCGGCAAGACGUGCCAGGUGCCAGUGGGCAUGAAAAGGCAAAGGACAUGAUGGCACUGCAGGUGCUCAGGAUACUAGGGUGCCAGCUCAUGUAGGCAGUCAUCCCACCUGAACCAUGGGCCAAACCUGAGCCAUCUGCCUACUCAUCACCAGUCCACAGGAGUGAGAUGCAGGCCCAGCUGGGGAUGCGGUCCUGUUUGUUUUGGUUUGAGUUUGUUUGGGUUUGAAAGCUAGCUCUGGAGAAUAGAGGUGCUGUCACAACUUGUGAUGGCUGCCACGUCCUCAGCCAGCAGUUGGUUCUGUUCUGUUUUUGGUGGGUGUAGGUUUUACCCCCCUGGUUUAGCUUUUCUCUAAUCAGUUUGUGUUGCUCUGCUCUGGUGGGGAAGCCUGGCGUAGGUCCUGGGAGAAGAGGAAACUGCUUGGAGGGACUUCUGGCAGUGGGUAAAGGCCAGGAAGGCUUAGGGGGCCGCAGGGGCUGGCCUGGGAUCAUGGGCACUGUGCGUGGCCUUGGCUCUCCUUUGCUGGCAUGCCUGGUAUCUGAGGAACGGUCUGGCUGAUGGCAUGUUGCCAGCGUUCAGGAUGAGGACAGGGCCGUGCAUGGGGACUGUCCUGAUAAAGGGGGUAUGUCCCAUUUCCUGGCAGAGCUGCUUUUUAACUAGGAGAGCAUCUAAAGGCUCUUGGAGAUGUGGGGCUGUUUGUAUCCCUGGGCUGCGAGGAAGCAGCAGUGGGGUUAUCAACUAUCUAUGAAUGAGUCCUCAGCACCGGGAGGACCGGCCACAAGCCGGCCACUUGGUAUUAAAGUUGCCUGGAAGGCGCCUGCUGUUUUAUGUCGUCUUUUGCCGCUGCAGCUUCUGUUGUCCCAUGUGGCUGCUCAGCAGGUGAGGUCUGCAUAGUUUCCAUUCACUCCCUUAAAUCUCUCUGCACCUUCUAUUGGUGCCUCCUAGAGCCCUAGGUGCUGCUGAGAUUUCUCCCUGUUUUCAGUGUGACCAAGAGA